AUGGCAGGUGACUUGAAUUUAAAGAAGUCUUGGAAUCCAGCAUUAGUCAAGAACCAGCAAAAAGUCUGGGAGGAAGAGCAGCAAAAAUUAGAUGAACUCAAACGAAUAAAAGAGAGAAAUCAAGAGUAUAAACAAGAACAAGAAUACUUAGAACUAUUGAAGCUACAGCAUGGAGACCGAUUCCAAAUCAAAGAUUUAAACAAACAACAGAAGCUCAAACUAUCCAAAUUGAAUUGGAUGUAUGAUGAUGUGCCGUUUGAAAGUAAUGAGAAAGUGGAGGAAAAUUCUAGUGGGUUUAUUGAAUCAAGUGUAGAGUUUACAGAUGGCAAAACCAAAGUUGAGAAUUUAUUAAAAGGAAAUCAUGCUGUGGGCAAAAAGAGAGACGGCAGUGACACUAGUGAUAGAAUCAACAAGAUAAUUGGGGUUGGAAUGAGUAAAUCGAGCAAAACCAGUUAUUCUGAUGAUCCAUUACUCAGAAUAAAACAGCAACAACAACAAGCACAAAGAGUUUCCAAAAAACCACAUAAUAAUGAUAAACAUUCUCAUCGUUUUAGUCAUAGCUCCAAAAGUUCUUCAGACAGAGUACACAAAUCACAUGAGCAUGAGAGAAGUCGAAAGCAUAAUUCUUCGCAUACUCGUCGCAGAGAUAGAUCACCUAACAGAUAG